AUCACCUAUGCAACGGAACCAACCCGCGCUUCCGCCGCCGUUCUCCUCUCUCUCUGCCUUCUCCCUCACUACCCCCCGCUUCUUCUCCGACUACUGGCUGGCAACCCUGACCUACCAUCACAUUGUUCCACUGCUGCAUUCCGCGAUUCUUGGGGGAUCCGUUGCUUUAGGGUUUCUAAUCCGUCAGAUUUAUGGCGCAUGGACCGGUCACAGUGACGAAGAAUGAUUGAUCGUUGCUGAUUUGUAGUCUUAAUUGUUGCCGUGUAUCAAUGCGCGAGUCUGUUCGGCAGAUAUCAAUUGGAGCAGCAUGUGAUCUGGUUACCUUUCAUGGCAUUUUUUAGGGUGUUUUUGAUGACGUUGAGAGUAUUUUGCUCCAUCUCACAAUUUGUUCUUCUGAUUACCAGAUGGUUUGAAAGACUACAUCUGUUAUUGGAUCUAAUCUUCCUUCUAACUGUUGCUACUUUUAUGGUAGGAACUCAAUUGCCACGCCCUGAAAGCAUGGAAACAGUGAAUUCUUCAAUUGCUCGUACUAAACUCCGACAUUUAAAGAGUCAGAACAGUAGUGUUUCUCUCGAUUUGUAAGUGUUGCUUUUCCAAUUUCUUUGUUGCUUUUUGAUAUUGGAAGAGUUGGAAUACUGGUUUUAGAUCUCUAAUCAUUUCACUUCUGGACCAAUCUAUAAGAUAAAACAGAGAGCUAACAGUCAAUUCAGUUGCAGGUCAAGGAACAGGGCAAUUACUUCCGUCUGCUGUGUGACAUUCACCUCCAAUUCCUCGGACAAUGGACUUCAAGAAACCAAUAGCUUGCUUUCUGAUAUUGCAUCUGAUGUUAGCAAGAGGCAUUUGAUUAAAUCUAUGGUAUGGCGGUCAAGAUGCAUAGCCUAUCUGGGAGAACAAAUUGUUAUUCAUCCAUGCACAAUGUUCAACCAUCCCUAUUUAAUUUACUUGCUGCUCCGAUAGAUUUUCCUCUUGAAGAAUUUGAGGAAGGAAGAAUUUUAAACACGAGCAUUGGAACUGGCCCUUGAAUACAAUGAUCCACAUGCCAAUGUAUAUGUGAGUAUGAGUUACUGGCACCCUUUCCAGAUGGGGUGCUCUUCAUCAGGUUUGUAAUUGUGAUUGGCAUGCUAGUAAUCAACAAGUUGCUUAGCCCAUAAUAUAACAUGUAUCCAAGCUAUAAUUGUCUGCGGUAUAUCUUGACAAUUUGUAAUUUCUGUAUCUGAUACCACUGGCUCUUCAAUCAUGAAACUAUAUGUCACAUCAGACUUAUUGUCAAACCAGACUUCUUUCUUGUUAUUUGUCAUUUGUUGACAGAAUUCAUGCAUUCUGCACAGCCUCAGUUAUGCAAUUUUGUUACAGGCAUAAACAAACUAUAAAGUUGUGCAAUUCACUGCACCAGAAAUAUCAACAAGGUUAUUCUGACCUCAAUUUGCAUAUAUAUAAUUUAUUUGGCGAAACUUGGAUGUGAUUUGGAGUGCUUCUUUUAGUUUGUGAACUUUUAGCUCUCCUUUUGUUUUGACUAGAUAUAUAAAUGAUUUCAUUUUGAGUAAUUAUGAUUACAGAUAAAAAAAGAUAAAACAGCAAGCUCGUUAUGUUUCCCACAUUAUCAUCAAUUCUCUAUAUCUACUAGCAGUUCUAGCAUCCAUGUUCUCCAGAGGAUCAUCGGGAAAGAUGCUUAGUCUGUAGAACUCCAAUUUCUAUCAGUGAAACCAUGGUAUGAACAUGAAGCUAAUGAUGAGCUACAAAGUUUCUCUAAGCCUGAGGAGGUUUUGGUUUUGCUAUGGGCAGCCAGCAAGAUGCGAGCUUAAGCAGUAUCAAUGUGUCGGCUGGGGGCCUGGUGUGGGUCCGCCGCCGAAAUGGAUCAUGGUGGCCUGGACGGACUGUGGGGCUGCAUGAACUGCCUGUGAAAUGCUUGCUUCCUCCGAGAUCGGGAACUCCCAUCAAGCUUCUUGGAAGAGAAGAUGGGAGCAUGGACUGGUAUAACCUUGAGAAAUCAACACGUGUUAAAGCAUUUCGCUGUGGGGAGUUUGACGAAUGCAUCCAGAAGGCCAUGGCUUCUGCAGUUCAUUCAAGUAAAUUCUCAACCAGUACAGGGAAGUACGUCCACAGAGAAGAUGCCAUUCUUCAUGCCUUGGAGAUUGAGAAGUCUUACUUUCCUUCCAGAAAGCAGAAUGGCUCAGGAAUGAACAACUUCUACAGAGCAACAGGUUGUGAUUUUACCAAAAAAUCAAAAAAGAUGCAUAGACUUGACAAGCAACGAGGUUUGAUUGCCAGAAAAUUUGAUACUUUUGAAGAGAAUUCACCCCAAGAGAUACCUCAAUCUUUGGUGUCAUAUGAACAGCUGGAUAAGUUGAUUGCUGCUGAUGCUCAACUGAUGGAGAAAGAACAUUGGAGAACUCCAAAUGAUUCAGAAGGUGAAGGAAUAAACCAUGUGAGAGAUCAAAAGGACAUAGGAUUGGGGAUUAUAUCAACUAGAAAGCCUCAUGUGCAUGUUGAAACAGAAUUAUUUACUGACUUAGCCCUUCCUGACAGUGCUUCGCUCAGCGAAUCAAACAUAAAUAACAGGUUUUUUAGUUCUGGUCCAAUAAUAAGCUGUAAAAGUUCUGGUUCAUGCCUGAAACGGAAGCGAUCGAGUGCCAAAGCUCCUGAGGAUGUGAGAAGAGACUGUCACCAUGCACUGAGUAGAGUUUGCAAAGGUAGUAGGAUUAUAAUUCCAUCAUAUUGUUACUGGGAUGGUACUUUUGGAGGAUUCUGGCCUCUUAAAGAAGCUACUGAGAAAACAUCAAAGGAACUGCUAUCUAUUCCAAGUUGGACAAAUAUUACAUGUGGUUCAGGAACAUCGGGUGAAACAUUGUUGGGUGCAUCUGAGAGCACUUGUAAAUUUGAUGGCACAGACUUCAAUUCUCAAAUCAAGGACUGUGAACUUGCAAGCAUGUUGGAGUUCAUCGACAAUGAAUGCUCUGAUGGCCUCGUCGAUAUUCCCCUUGUAAUGGGUGACCGUAUUGGUGAAGAUUUUCAGAAGGCUUCUGAAUAUUGUCCGAUCAGAGAUCUUCUGCCACGUGUAGAUGAGAAGCAUUAUAAUGGUUGCUGCAAGGAUGAUCUUGUAUCACAUUUUGCUGAAGGGCUUAGAGAGAGUAGCUUUACUGAUUCUCGACAUCAGCUUAAUAGUGUCAAUAAGAAGGCAGAAAAGAGGAGUGUGGAACCACAUUUAAUCAGUAAAAAGAACCUGAAUUAUAUGAGGUUCAGUAGAAUUACAAAUUCUGAAAGCCACAUCAAUGGGGCCAAUCAAUCUGAGAAUUCCUUGGAUCAAAUGGAGAAGAAAAUUUUUUUUGCAGGCUUGGCCAGAAAAAUUGGCAGCAAUCAUUCAGAUGAAUUAUUGACUCUCAAUAGUUGUCAUUGUCAUUUAGUAAAGGAUGAAUCAGUUUCAGAGGCAUAUGAUGUUUCCCAAUCUCAGAGUUCUGAUCUUCCUUGCUCUUCUAGUGAAUGGGAACAUUGCCAGUCCGAAGCUUUAAAGCAUUGUGUAAUAAAUUGCUCUACCUCACUUCUACCCUCAAGAGACCAUGAGAGAUCAUCCAGGCGACAGAUUCCUAUCUCCACUCUGAUGACUCGACAAUUGUUUCCUCGUGACCGAGUCUCUACUCUGACUUGCUCCAAGUACCAGGUUGUGAAGCAAAUAAGAAGUACAGGUCUGGGUUCUUCACUAUAUGAUGUUGAAUUGACUGUAGAAACAAAAACUGGCAGACCUCAUGUGCCUCUGAAUUCUCUCAUGAGUAAAUUGAAUGGUAAAGCAAUUGUUGGCCAUCCUGCUCCUGUUGAGGUCAUGGAAGACGGCUCCAGUGAUACUCUGAUAACUAAGAACGACUGUUGGCCAGCUACAAGCAACAUUAAUCGGUCACUGAAGAAUGGAUUAGUAAUUAUUGGGAGAGCAACUCCUAGGAAGAAAGCAGCACAGACCUAUCGUGGCGUUCAAUGGGGGAACUAUGAUCAGCUCAAUGUUCCUUCUCUUUUGGAAAGAAAACAUUCAAAUAGCAGAACAUCAAGGUUGUCUCCCAGAAAGAUCCGGAGGCUUUCAUCCAUCAGAAAGCCAGAGGUUGAAACGAUUGUGAGACCUGCUGUUGCAUGUGUUCCACUCGGACUUGUCUUUAGUAGGAUUACCGAAGCAUUUCCUUCAUCACUAUAGCUAACUCCAGUCAUUGUAACAAUUACUUCCCUUAAAGCGUGCCCAGAGAAAUCUGUUCUACCUACAUAUCACUUCCUAGUUGGACACUGUAAAUUUUUGCCACCGGUUUGAUGCAUAGUGUUGCACAUAUCUUUCGA